GUGGUGGUAUUGGGGAGUUCGUCAAGCAUGCGAAAUUAUAACUUAUCAUACAGGGAAACUUCCUCAUUUGGUGGUUCGAUCUCUGCUUUAUAUAUUACCCCUCCAUUCUCUCAUCCUGCUGUAGCAACGCGAUUUCCUUGCCCUACAGACACCCACGACCUCCACUCUUCGACCAUUUUCUUCGAAUCUAGUAUUAAUCACAUCCAUCAUGGCUGAAGAACGUGCUGCUCCUCUCCGACUCGGGUCAAUUGCCCCCAACUUCAAGGCAGUCACCACAAAGGGUGAAAUCGACUUCCAUGAAUUCAUUGGCGAUCACUACGUCAUCCUCUUCUCUCACCCCGAUGAUUUCACUCCCACUUGCACCACUGAGUUAGGAGCCUUCGCCAAGUUGGAGCCUGAGUUCACUGCUAGACGUGUCAAACUCAUUGGACUGAGCGCCAACGCCCUCAAAUCCCAUUUCGAAUGGAUCAAAGAUAUCGACGAGGUUACCGGAUCGAACCUGCAGUUCCCCAUCAUUGCUGAUGCUGAUCGCAAAAUCUCAUAUUUGUAUGAUAUGCUUGAUUACCAGGACACCACAAAUGUUGACGAGAAGGGAAUUGCCAUGACCAUCCGCUCCGUCUUCAUCAUCGACCCCAACAAGAAAAUCCGAUUGAUCCUUAGUUACCCAGCCACCACUGGCCGGAAUGCUGCUGAGGUCCUGCGAGUCAUCGAUGCGCUUCAGACCACUGACAAGAAUGGUGUGAACACCCCCAUUAACUGGACAUUGGGCGAAGAUGUCAUUAUCCCACCGACUGUGAAGACCGAGGACGCGAUUAAGAAGUUUGGUGAUGUCAGAAUUGUUAAGCCAUACCUCCGAUACACCACUCUCAAGAACUAAGAUCGCAAAUGCGCGUGUCUGGGGAAGAGACGGUUGGAGUGAUAUUUUGUAAAAACCUGAUGACCUAUGAACAUUGUUCUUGGUAUUAUUGUUCCUUGGUUUAUUUUACUAUGUUUUUUUAUUAAUUAAAGCGCGCCAUGUUAUAACAGAAGAUCAAUCCAUAAAAUUUUAACUUACCAAUAACCAAAUGGGUCACUCACAAGUAACUUGUCCCUUUGCAUUCCCCAAACUUUCCGCCUUUUGUCUUGCACGUUGCAGAAAGUCAGUCACUUAUUUCUUC